UAACACUACUAGCCCACGCCGUCAAGCCCAGCUAGCUUAGUUGCCCUUUUGCAGACUUGAACCCUUAGCAUGUUCCUAAACUUGUCUCUCUAGCAUACAAUCACUAAUGUAUUCCUUCUUCUCCCCCUCUAUUUCUUACUCAAAACUAGGCUCGCUCCUGUCGUUGUGUUCGCGAUCACUAUUUGAAAUGGCUUCGUCAAAGCAGCUUGCUCUUGCUGUGUUAGCUCUCCACUACGGAGUAAAUGCUUUAGCGCCGUGGGUAAGUGACAUUUGGUUUGCGCAAAGUCGUCUACAAAGUACUUGAACAAGUUGACAUUGAUGUAUUUGAAUGUGUUACAGAACUACGGAGAGGCACUUAAAAUUUUCGUGGCUCCUCAAGGACUAAAUGGCCCUUGUCCCGACAAGUCGCCCACAAAUCCUGCGGGCAUCUACUCUCAGCUCUUCUACGACGGCAAGACAAUUGUUGCGGAUGCUAUCGACAAGGUCAACGGAGAAACAUCGUCCUUCUUCCUCACCAACGGAUGGUGUUCUUCCAACAGAGACGGGGCAGCCCUGAGGCAAGACAAGCAGACACGCAUACAACUGGUCAAGAAAGGGGCUACAGUGGCCGGUUGUCUGUCAGUCAACGCCGAGGAAGGGUCGCUUGUCUUGAAAGGUUGCUCGUUCCAGGACGAAACCCAGAGGUUCUGGGUGGAGCAGCUGGUGGAAGGCGACGGGACGUCUGUAUCGGAGAUCACCACAGCGGCCGGCUUGGGGAAGCUUACAUGGCCCGGUGACAAGGGCCCAUCGGUUCUAAUCCAGCCCUCGGCCGGACGCGUGUGCUUUUACAACGCCGAAACUGACCGGGCUGUUACGGCCGGGCACACGUAUAUCCCCGAUCACGCGCUGACCCAGCUCUGGGGCCAGGUCGUGCCGAACAGCGAUAAGCCAACUCACUAUACCUCGCUUCCCGGGUGUACAAAUUCGGACGGUUCCGAGAACUUUAACUCGCUGGACUGCAUCUUGGCCAUUUCCUACAACAGAGCCCCGGCGAAAUGCGCCACCGACCCCCAGGCGACAGACUGCAUCCUCAACUACCUCGGUGCCUUCUGCGGUGACCUGGUUGAUGGCCGCCUGAGGGCUAACAAUCCCAUUCCACGGGACCAAAUCGCAAACCAGCUGGAGGCUUGUGCUCGCAAGAUCGCGUUAGGUCCCUGCGUGGCGAACCCAACCGGCGCCGCCUGUACAUCAGGGCUUUUUGCCGGUAUCGAGUUUCCUGGGUUCUCUGACGAAGGAGGUGAUGUGACGACAGUAUCCGUAAGACGCGAUGCCCUUUCCGCCAAGUACAACAUCUUCCCGGAGGAGCGCGUGAAAGACGCUGUCUUUGAGGAGUUUGUGAUCGGUAUCGCACAACAACUGCUCAACUCCAUUUCCGAUACAGUCAGUGGCUUAUUCAACCGGCACGCCGAAAGCUCGGCAAUCUACUGUCACGGCAUAGCCGGUACCCUCGGCAGCAUAAAGCUGGCAAGCAAGUGUUCCCGGAUCUGGACAGUUUCGACGUCGCCAGCGACCCGACUGGAAUAUGACAUUAGCGUACAGAAGGCGGGUGCCAUCACCGGUCUUGUCAUAUCAAGCCUACUUGUCAUUGACGAUGUGAAGGACGCCAUCGAGGCCAUGAAUCCCCAGGCAUGGAUAGAACUGAAAGGUCUUUUCAGUGCGCCCAAAGCUACGGAGGUGACCACGGCUGGAAGGACAAUCAAGGGGUAUAAGAUCACUGGCACAGGUGAGGGAGCAGGCACAAGCACGGUGGAGAUUCUCAAGCAGGGCCCCAAAGGUAACGUCGUCCUAUUCGCAAGCAAGGUAGAGUCGCAAAUGGCACUCGAAGAGGCCAUAGAGAACGGCUUCGGAGACUGCGUCGAGUUGAACCCGCCCAAGCGAAAGACAAGGAGGCCAAGAUAUCAUGUCGGGCCGCGCGGACUCAAAAGACCCCUUGGCCUCAAGAUCGCCUGUCCCCCUCUUACAAGCGGCGACGUCUCGACCGCGUUUCAAGACCCUUGGGCCCAGGCCAAGAACACAGUCGCCGACAUCUCGACCGACGCAGUGAGGGCGACGAACCUGGUCGAUGACGAUGCCGCCGACCUUGACGCACUUCACAAGGCCUACUUCGCCUUCUCAAAGGCCGGAACCGAGACGGCGCCGACAUGGGGCUCCGAGUUGCAACCUUGGGCCGAGCGCCUCCGCGGGGGUAUGAUCAGCAGCGCCGAGAAAGCCGCCAUCGCCAAAGACUUUGCCGGUACAUACGGCCUCGUGCCCGAUGAAGAAGAGGCGCUCCAGCUCUGGUCUCGCGACUACGCCAUCCAACAGCGUCCGCUCAAGUCGGGGGCCGCCAAGAUCCCUGACUACGCCGGCUACUGCGUGCGCAAAACGCGCCUGUCGCAAGAGACGAUCGAUAUGCUCCUCAACAGCCGUGGCGGCAAGCGCGGCGAGCCUGGCGUCUACGACGUGGGAGACCUGGUCAUCAACACGCAGAGCAUCGAUUUUGCAAACAUGGCCUCGGGGCACCCGCGCUUUGUUAUGGCCACGACUCCUGGCCUGACCAACUACCAUGGUGAUUCCAGCGUCAUCAUGUCGAGCCCAUACUCGUUCGUCAUCCGGUCGCGCAAGGGGAAGUACAUCACGCCGGUUACCGUUGGGAAAGAACAAAUGGUCGAGGGCCAGCCCGAGAUUAUUUUUCUCGAUGGUGAGCAGGGCCGGUUCAAAUUGUUGGGCUGGGCCAGCGGCCAGAAUGGGAAACCGGCCGUAUUCUACUUUGACAAUGUUAAUUGAGUAGGGGACAAGGCUGUACGCUGGCACCGGCGAAAGGAAGUGGCGUACCUUGUACGUCGAAUCCGCUAAUUUUUCAGAAAGACAUAAUCCUAGUAGUUGAUAGGCUCUGUUGAGCAAGAGAGAACGCCGCUCUCUCACACGUUCCUUGAAACACGUCUUCAUGGAUGCGAGCAGAGAGGGUGGGAAAUGGACAUGUAUCGAACGGCAAUAAGCUGUCCCGUAAGCAUGAUGCAGUUCUGUUAGACCUAUGUAAUUGUAUCAGUUGCAGCUGUCUAUUUAAUUUCAAAGCAUGUUCUGAAUAAGCAACCAAACUGGCAAGUAGAGAUGUAGACGAAUUAGUACCAAAAUUUUGCUGUUGCUUGCGGGCAUUCGCCUCCAUUCCGUUCCCAGCAAUAACCUUGGUUCACUGGCUGGGACGGCGUAGCAGCAUCACCUUUUUGGCAGCUCUCCCAGAGCAAGUGCCUACCUAAGCCAGGUAUAUAUUGUUCCCAACUUCCCAAGCGAGACGCAGCGGUGGAUCGGACAUGUUGUCGUCAUGA